UAAAACUGAUGUCAGAUAACUUGAGUGACCGCCUCGUCUUUAUGUUUCCUCAGUGCCGAAGCUGCUGGUCGAUCUUCACGUCAAGUUGCUGAGGAAGAUCGGCAAGUCGGUGUCGGCCGACCGAUGGGAGAAAUAUCUCGUGAAGGUGUGCCAAGAGUUCAACACAACCUGGGCAUGGGAACUCGAGCAGAAAGGAUACAAGGAGAUGCCGACGGAGUGCAAGACGGGGAUACUUAAAUAUUUGUGCGAGUGUCAGUUUGAUGAAAACGUGAAGUUCAAAACCGUCAUCAAUGAGGAGGACCCGGAUAAGAUGCGGCUGCAGCCGAUCGGCCGGGACAAAGACGGUCAGAUGUACUGGUAUCAACUGGACCAGGACGACAACGUGCGCGUUUACGUGGAGGAACAGGACGACUUAGACGGGUCAUCGUGGAAGUGCAUCGUCAAAGAUAGAAAUGACUUGGCGGAGGUUGUGGCUCUGCUGAAGACUCAAAUUGACCCCGAGCUGUUGAAAAAAGAUCAAGAAGCCAAGGCUCUGGCCGAGGAGGGCAAAGAGAAAGCAGAAGGUGACGUUAAGAAGUCUGAGGACACGUCAGAUGAAGACUCAGACAAGUCUGUCUCACCAAAGACGGAGAGCAAUGAAAAAGUAACACAGAAAGACGACUUGAUAUCAGAAGCUUCUGAGGUGAAAUCGUCACUGAAUGGCAUCGUUAAAGUGGAAGCUGAAGCAGAACUCGGCUCAGAAAAGCCUGCGGUGGAUCUCAGCAUCAGUACAAAAGCCCAGAACAUCAAAGAAGAGCCGAUGGAGGUGUCAGACACUAAAACAAGCACAGCAACAAGUGAACCCGCCGCUGAGACGCCGUGUAUAUCAGUAAAAGCAGAAAAGGGAGAGGAGGCGAAGAAGAACAGCGCAGAGGAGAUUCAGCAGGCUCUGAAGAACGACCAACAGGCCAAAAUCCCUUUGAAAAAAAGAGGAAUGAAGUUUAGCGAAGACUUUGAAAAGAAUAGCGGCAUUAUAGUGCAGAAUCCGUCUGUUUCUCAGGUCAAGGAAGCUCCGAAAGCUGACUCGGCUCCCGAACAGACAAAGAAAGCGCAGAGUGUAAACGAUCACGUUAAUGGGGAAGUUCAGCCCGCACUAGAGAAAGGCCUCCAGAGUCAUCUGUGCGAGUCACUAAAAGACGCUGCCCUCGACAAAGAGCAGACGACUCAGCCGGCUGCAGGUGAAUCCGUAAGAGCCAGAGAAAAUGACUCACCGUCCACAGUCAAGAAGGAUGUGAAAGAUAAAAGGGAUGAAGCCUGCAGUGCAGAGAAGGUCACGGAGGGAGUAGAAUCACACCGAGCAGAUGUGGACACGAAAAAUCAAGAUAUGCAAGUAGAAAAGCAAAGUGCUGCAUCAACAGAAAAGAAAGGAGCACACAAGUCUCCGCCGCCGCCAACACAACCGCCACCUUUAUCUAAAGAUAUGAAUAAUGCACUUGAGAAGUCGUCUAAUCACGAAGAGCAUGAAAACAUAAAAGAAUCCAAACCGGCUGAUGAAAAAGACUCUCGAACAGGAGACAAGAUGAUCACAUUAAAGGAAACCGAUGAAACAUUAACAACCGGUAAGUCAGAGAAAAUCACAUCCAAAGACGUUGAAUCAAAAGAUUCAGAGGAGAAACCAGCCUGCGUAGACACGGACACAUCAGAGAAAAGUCAGAGCGAAGGAACCAAGACGUCGGAGUUGACAGAAAACGUAACAGACGUGAAGCAAACGGAGACGAGCGACGCUAAAGAAAUCACAACACAAGAGGCUAAAGUUGAGAAAUCCAACUCGGAGCUGAAAGAGUCGCCAGGAAUCAUCAAAGCAACAGAGACGCAGCGUGCAGACAAAGAUCCUGCAAAAAAAUCGGUUGACUCCGAAGACGCCGUGUCGCCGCCUGUCAUUAAAAAGACAGAAAUACCAAAAGCUGGGGAUAAUACAGAGACCCAAGGAGUCACACAAAGCUCUAAUGUUCUCAAAAAGGCUGAGAAAUCAUUAAUCAGUGAGAAAUCAGAAGAAACACCCAGCACUAAAGAGAGCGUGAACUCUUCUGUUGUUAAAAAGUUAGACAAAUCAGACUCGUGUAAACCUGUCGAGAAGCACGAAAACAUCAAAGACGCAGAGAUCACUCCGGAGAAAGGAAGCGCGGCAUCCGAGACUAACGCUGAAAAGACGGAAGAGACGGAAAAGACGGAAGACAUAAAGAAAACUGUUAACUGUGAAGACCAAACGGUGCACGAUGUCGGCAAGAUAAGCGAGUCUGCGCCCGAGCCCACGGAGGUAGAAGCAGUGGCCGUUAAACGCGAUCUGACAAAGCCACAAGAGGAUGACAAGACUGAGGUGAACUCGGAUGCACAUAAGGCGACGGUGGAGGCAUCUGAAGGGAAAGAUAAACCACCCAGUCCUACUGAGAAAACAGACGUCUCUAAAGAAACUGAUACAAAACCUGAAAGGCCAGACACCGAACAGGAAAAGGUGCCUGAAGAACCGCCCAAAAAUAUCGAGGCAGAGCUUCCAUCAUCAGAAAGUAAAAAGGAUGCCGACAAGGGAAAUAAAAAGAAAGCAGGCGAUGAAAAACCUAAGAGUGAGAGAGAGAAACACAAAGAGAGGAAAGAGGAUUCAACAACGGAUAAACUCUUAAAAACCGACGAGACAAAUGAGGAGAAACCAGCUCACAAAGAAAGCGAAACCUCAACCAAGACGGACGAAUCUGGGCAGCAAAAUGUGAGCAAAGAACCAGACGACAGAUCCUCAACUGAGACCGAGAAAGCAGGACGCAAGAGCAAAGACUCCGAAAAGCCCACUGACGAGGAAGGCAAAAGCAAAAGUGAGGAAGAGGAGUCCGCGACGAAAAAAGAGGUGGCGAAUGGCGGGGAAGCUCCGUCAGAACCUCGGGAGGUCCGUCGUAAGGUCAAGCGUCCGGUUCCCCGAAGGAAAGUUGAACUUCUCCGAGAGGAGAGACAAGGAGAUUCAGAGUCCGAUACGAACACGGGGAGGUCUCUUCGAAGGUCACCGAGGAUCUCCAGGCCGACGCCGAAGGCCGUGGAGAUCCACGACAAGAAGCUGGAGAAGCCGCAGGCUCCUUCGUCGGCUGAGAAGCGCGACGACGACAAGGGCGAGAAAGAAAAAGACGAGGCUGAGGAGGACGAGGAAGAGGAGGAGGUGAAAGCUGUUCAGAAGAAACCAAGGGAGAAAAAGGCGGAUCAGGAGGGUCAGCCCAAACCUAAGGGGAGAAAGCGGCGGAAGGUACGAUGGUCCAACACGCGAACGCGUCGUAAAAAGAAAGGCUCGGAAGAUGAAGACGACAACAGCGACGAGGAGUCAAGCGAGGAGGACGAGACCGAGGAGGAGGACGACAGCGACGAAGACUACAAGGUCGAGCGAAGCAGAAAGAGGCGGAAUCGCAACCGCGAAAGGCGAAGCUCGGACUCCUCGACGUCCUCGGACGACGACCUACCUCCAAACGACGACCCCUGCAAACAUUGUGGUCUUCCAAAUCACCCUGAGCUGAUCUUGCUGUGCGAUUCUUGUGACAGUGGGUACCACACAGCCUGCCUAAGACCUCCCCUCAUGAUCAUCCCCGAUGGAGAAUGGUUCUGUCCGCCCUGUCAGCACAAGCAGCUCUGCGACAAGUUGGAAGAGCAGCUCCAAAAUCUCGACGCCGCUUUGAAAAAGAAGGAACGGGCGGAGAGAAGGAAAGAGCGUCUAAUCUAUGUUGGAAUCAGUGUUGAAAACAUCAUCACGCCCUCAGUGGAGGUAGAGGAAGAAAAGCCAGAGAUCAUUAUCAAAGAGAAGAAAGAAGCAAAGAGAAGUAAGAGCUGGGGUCGAAGGUCGACGAGGGCGAAGAAAUCCAUCAGCUACAGAUUCGAUGAAUUCGAUGAGGCGAUCGAGGAGGCGAUUGAGGAAGACAUCAAAGAAGCAGAAGGCGGAGGAGCUGGUCGGGGUAAAGACAUGGCCAACAUCACAGGCCACAGAGGAAAGGACAUGUCCGCCAUCCUCCAAGCAGAGGAGGGCAAGGAGAACGGCCGCCCGCCGCGACCCACCGCCGGUCAGCGCAGGAAAAAACGCCGGCGACUCAACGACCUGGACAGCGACAGCACGGUGGACGAGGAGGAAAGCGAGGAAGAGUUUCGCAUCAGUGAAAGCUCAGAAGAAGAGUUUGUGGUGUCGGAAAACGACUCGGAGGGUGACACGGAGGCGGACUCCAACAACAGCGAGUACGGCAGCAACAGCAGCGGGAAGCAUCGCACCUCCACGCGGUCCAGGAGGCCGCAGAAACAACGACGGAGCUCCAGAAAGCGGCGGAGACCGAGAGGCUACUCGGAUGACGAGGAGGAGGAGACGGAUGAGGAUGAUGAAGAUGAAAUAGUGACUGAAGGCUCCAGUGAGUACAGCGACAGUGAUCUGGAUAUGAGCCGACGGCGGUCUCGGCGGAGUCAGAAGAAGCAGGUGAAUUACUGUGAGACGUCCGAGUCUGAAGGCUCUCAGGCAGAAACCAACCGGGCCAAAAUGAAACCCAGACGUCAGCAGGAGAGCUCCGACAGUGAGGCGAGUUUCUCCAGAGACUCUGAGGAUGAGUCGAGGGAUCGGAGGGUGAAGAGGAGAGCCGACUCCUCGGAGGAAGACUCCCGGCAGCGGCGCAGGCGGCUCGCGCUCAAACGCCGGAGAGCGUCCGAAGAGGACGACUCGGACGACGACUCGGACGAAUCAUCGGAGGAGGAUCGCCCCAUCCGCAAACGGGUGAACCGCAUCGACUCGGACGACUCGGACGAGGAGCCGGAGGAGAAACCGAAGGAGAAGAAAGCGGCGGAGAAACAAGACGAGGAGUCAAAGGGAACAAACGCGGCGGACUGUAAUCCGGUGGAGCUGCCGCCAACCAACGGACAGAGCCCGAUAAAGAGCCUCGAGGGCCUCAUCAGCCGGCCCGCCGCUGCCGCCGCCACCACAGCCGCCACUCCAGUCCUCAUCCCACAUCUGGAGCCACCCAAAAACACCAGUGCCACACCAGCUGCUGCCAUCGCACCAAACGGUCUGGUCGGCCAGGAGAUGGCAGCGCCGGACGAUGACGAAGACGACCUGUUAGGUGUCACAGACCUAGUGGACUACGUCUGCAAUAACGAAGACUUGUAAAAACACAAUGUUGUACUGUUUCUUUUUUUUUUUUUUGUGGUAUUGUAUUUUUAUAUUGCUUAACUUUAUUAUUCCCCCCCCCUUUCGUCUCACCAACACUUCCUCGCCAUCCUUUUUACUCGCGUCAUCUGGAGCUAGAGCCUCGGCAGUCUCUGCUACGGUAAGAACUGGAUCCCUGUCACCAGUCUAACGCUGUCCCUGUGGGAUUGUAUAAGGGCACCAAACUCUCUUUUGGUUUGGUAAUAAUCCGUUUACUUGCACACCAACCGCAUCAUCCAGCUCCACUGCCAAACCUCCUGCUCUCCUCUUUCAGAACGUGUCUCACAUCGUCCCGUUUUUGUUUUAGUUUUGUUGCAUCGAAGAUUUCUACAAAUUUUAGCUCCUGUUCUCGUCGACGGAAAAUUGGCACUGACAUUGUUUACGAAGAGGGGAGAUGGUUAAAGAUCGCCUAUUUGAAAAGAGUAAAAUAAAUCAUUCCGUAAUUGAUCUGAAGUUUUGGAGGCAUCUGUUAAAAAUGAAUCCUGGGUUUUUUUACAUUUGAAUCCGUUAGAUUAAAGGAAUAGUUUGACAUUUUGGGAAAAGUACUUGAUACCACUUCAAAGGCAUCUAUCCGAUAUGUCCAAACCACUGCGGCAAAAGUAUUCCCAAAUGGAGAGUUUCAGGGUGAUUUUAAAACAUCAGAGGGCGCGUUGAGCCAGUCAACCCACGAAAAUGCAGAUAUUCAUACAUUUGGAAACACCAGCAUUGAUGUGUUUCAUCACAGUCGGUCGUAUCAUUUAGUUUAAACACAUGUUCCUCUUUUAAAGCCGCUAGUUUCUGUAUGCUGAGCCCAACAGCAGCAGACAGUCGGUCUGUAACGCCCAAAACCACCAGAUUUUAGCCAUUUUAGCACCGAUAGUUGUACUUGAGGAAAGUUCUGAUGUUCAUACGGUUUACAAUUAUAUUUUUGGACACAAUCGUAGCAUAAAAAUAUGAUACCAGCACAUCCUUAGUUCAUACAGAGUCCGCCUAGAAACGCCUCUGUGGCUCACGAACUACCACGUUAUGUCUGUAUAAUGUUUGUAUAAAUGUUACUUCACAGACAGUUUUAUUAAUUUAAAUAAUGGGCAGAGCCAGAUUAGCUGUUUCCUCUUGUUUCCACUCUUUAUGCCAAGGUACGCUUCGAUUAUCUAAUCUAACUCCAGAAAGAGUAUUUCCCAAAAUGUCCAAACAUUUGCUUUAAACUGUUCUAUAUAUAAAUAUAUACACAUAUAUAUAUUUAUAUAAUUCGAAGCUUCAGAUGAGAAUAUUUAUUCCUGUUGAAUAACCUUCUAGACUAAUAACCAGUCGACCAACGUUGGUUUGUCAGCCCUCCCCUCGAACUCUUUUUGUUACAGCAGCUUUUGUAUAUUGUAAACAUAUAAUUAUUUUAACUGUGUGUUGCCGUCAGUAUCAAUGGUGAACUCCCGGUUUAUUUUUGUUUGAGUACUCUUGUUCGUUUCGGGGAAACAAAAUCAGAAGUAGAAAAGUCUCGUCCCUCCUAAUCUUGAGAUCUAAUCUAGUUUCCUCUUAUUACAUUUAUUAUUUGUCAUCUCUUUUUUUUAAAUAAUGUAUUUUAUUUUUUGUAUAUCUAAACUUUUAUUUGUUGUCUCUGAGCGAAAUGUAAAGUGUCUUAUUUUCUUUGUACAUUUCAUAGGAGGUUCAAAAACCUGCAGACUCGUUGCUUUUAACGGAAAUAACACUAAGCUCCAAAACCCUCUGUUUUUUUUAUUUUUAUUAUUAUUUUUAUUUCAUAUUCUACUUCCUUUUAUCUUCCUGCAUACAAAAAACAACAUUUCUAUUCACAAUUCUCUAUUUUCAUAAUCAUGAGUUGACAUUCGGGUCGGGUUGCAGUCGACUGACAACUUUUAAAGACCUCAAACAAAGAUGGAGAUUUGCGGAAAAAUUGCAAAAAGAAACUUAGUGGAAUAAUUUUGAAGUGAAAGUCGGGAUGCAGUUUUUGAAUACGGAGUGGGAUGGACGGAAAAAACAAACAAACAAACAAACCAAUGACUUCACUGACCUCUGCUGGAACCAGUCUGUGUGUAUAUCUGUAGUUUUUGCUGUAAUAUAUUUAGAGGCAUUUUUUUAAUCAUGGAAAAAUAUAUUGGGCAAUUCUUUGGGAUUGCAUGAGUUUCUAAUAGUUUUUUUUUGUAGGGAAGUAAUAUUGGCACAACUUGUUUUUGUUUUGGUUUUUUUUGUAAGAAAACCAGAAAACUUUGGCAUGUUUUUUUUAAAGGAUUUAAUGACCUGUUGCAUCAGUGCUGAAGGACUUGUGAAGUAGAUGCUGCAGGAUUAAUCUCAUCGUUCGCAGUGAAACUGCAUAGGAUGGCAUGACCUACUAAAGGUUACAGAAGCUCGGGGAGAGAAAAGGAUUAUCGUAGAGAGAGAGAGAGAGAGAGAGAGAAGGGAAAAAAUAAAAAAUCUAGGACAGCUGAAUCUGAUUUUAAGAGGAGAAAUGAGGCCUGUUUGUAAAAUAUUUUGUAAAUUAGUCUCAGCAUGGUCUUCACAGAGGAUAAACCACUCUAUUUAUCAUACCGUUUUUUGAUACCGGCUACGGCCAAAAACAUGACUUCCAAAACAAAACCCAUACGUGCUGCUCGCAGUGCACACAGCUUAGGCUUCUAUACACAAUAUUUAGCUUUUAGAUUAUAGUUGGACAGAAUAUAGAAAGAAAAAUAAACCCCAAUUCAAAAUGUAAUAGGUGUGUGUGAAUGUGUGUGUGUGUGUGGGUCGGGUCAGAGUAAAGGAAUGUCUUAUGUGCUGUAUGUAACCCUGUUUUAAAAAAGCUCCACGGAGAUGAGGAGAAUGUAUUAUUAUUAUGAAAUAAAACCUGUAGCAAGACCCUGCACGGGAGAGGAGGGGGAAAUAAAGGCUGCGAUAGGAUUAAGGGAGGAAGUCGGUGCCAAUGACUGAAGUGUUAACAGAGUUUUCCUAUUUACCUCAUGAUGAAUCUGGGAGGAAAGACACCCUGUCCACUGUGUAUAGAUGCUCGUAGACCGGUUGUUGGUGUUUUGUCAGCUCCUUUUUUUUUUUUUUGUUAACUUUACUGUUAUUUCUUAUGAAUCUGAUCUUGUACAUUUGUCAUAAUAAAAUGGGUUUCAAGCCUCAUGUC